UCUUACCUGAAGCAAAGACUGCCGCACCUGGCCGCGCUCUAGACUGCACGCGCUACCGACUGUCGUCAUGGCAACACGAGGACGUAAACAAACACGCGUGAAGUUUCUGGUGGUUUCUGAUCCGGCGUUCCGAGCAGCCCCGGAACGAUGACGGAGUCUGAGCUACUCCUCAAGACCAAGAUUCACUACUACUGCCGAGAAAAAUACUAUUACAGCAUGCAGCGAGUGGCCGUGGAAGGCAUCAAACGGUACUCCGGAGACCCGGUGUACCGCUUGUAUUUUGGCAUCUCCCUCAUCUUUGAAGGUCGCCUUCAGGAAGGGAUACGAGAAUUGGACGUUGUCAAAGAAAGCAAAGACGUCGCCUUGGGAGGCAUCCUGGCAUUGAUACUGGCUCACAAAAAAUGCAGCAUUGUAGAUAAAGAAGCAGUGGCACAACUUGACGCGCAACUCAAGGAGACAAGGAAGCAGGCAGGAGAGAAGAUGCUGUAUUAUGCUGGGCUGUUUCUAUUCUUGACAAGAAGAUACGACAAGGCAAAAGAAUAUAUUGAUCGCAUGCUGAAGGUUUCGCCACCAACUAGAGAGGGAUUGAUCCUGAAGGGAUGGAACGAAAUCCUCAACACGAAGGAUAAAAAAUCGGCAAUUCAAUACUUUGAAUCAACGGGAGCGGCUAUGCCAGAAGCACUCUUUGGAAAGGCAAAAUGUUUCGAGUGCAGUUCGGAGCUCACAAAGGCCUUAGAAGUGAUCAACCAAGCUGUGGUACUCUACUCUGGAUUUGUGCCUGCACUGCUCGAGAAAAUGAAGAUACACCUUGCUAUGUCUGACUGGGACCAGAUGCUAGACUCUUGCAACAGGGCGUUAUCCCAGGAUGCAAACUGCAUCGAAGCCCUCGUCCACAUUGUUCUUCACCUGGUCUGCAAGAACGGGGACUACAAAGAAGGCUCCGACAGGUUGUCUGAACUGCUACUAAAUUUGGAAAAGGUUGAGCCCAAAAAUGGAGGCCUAUACCACAAGAUUGCCCAGCUUCUGUCACGCACGUGCUCGAGGCAGGACACGAUACUGCAGCACACGUAUAUGAUAGCGGAAAAAGCUUGCUCACUGGAGCCCAGCAAUGCAGACUACAUGUCCGAGCUUGGCUAUCAGCGCAUUCUGCAGGGCAAACUGAAAGAUGCUGCAAAGCAUUAUCGUGCAGCACUCAAGAUGGACGAAGCUAGCAUUACAGCACUCACAGGUAUUAUUUGGUGUCAGCUACUGGAAGGGCAAUAUGAUGUGGCAAGUCAACAGCUGGAGCUUCUGAAAGAAAUCCAUAAAACCUCAAGCAUGACCCCAGAGCUGUUGUACUUGUGUGCCCUGUCUGUUCACAAAGGAAAACCAGAAGAACUGCAGCAGCAUCUGAGUCAGUGUGUUGAUGCCCACUUUGCCAAGAUAGAGGGGCUGUCACUGGGGUCGGAGUAUUUGUUGCUGCUAAAUCCCGACUUCAUAUUUCAAAUUGUAAGCCUCUACCUACAAUAUUCUCCUGACAAGCCCAUCGAAGCUGGACAAACGAUUCCAGAGUCGCUCAAGAAGAGUCAGACAAUCCUGCAACCUGUCACACGAUCCUGUCCUGGCUGCGUGGAGGCCAUAUACCUGAUGGGGAAACUCAAGUACCUCUCAGGUGAUUUGGUGGCAGCGCAGGGACUACUUGAGAAAUGCUCGCACCAGUACUCCAGCUUUGCCGACGCCCAGAUGCUGCUAGCUCAGAUCCAUCUUCACCAGGGAAAUGUGAAAAGUGCCAGUCAAAUGCUGGAAACUGCACUCAGCUACAACUUUGAAGUGAGAGACCAGCCCACGUUCCACCUGAUUAAAGCAAAAAUCUUGAAGCACCAGGGUGAAUUUCAAGAAGCCUUGCAACUGCUAAAUGCUGCCAUGACCCUGAGUGGAACAAAACCAUCAAGCACCUCACAGAAAAGACCAAAGCACGAGCUCGGCACAAGUGACAGGGUCUCGCUGUACCUGGAGCUUGCUGAUACGUACAGGAAACUUGACCAGCAGGACGAAGCGGUGAAAGUGAUGCAGGAGGCGGUCAGCACAUUCCGUGACACGCCAGAGGAGGUCCGAGUGACUAUUGCCAGCUCGGAGCUCGCGCUACUGAGGGGAAACACUGAGGAGGCUCUGGCCCUGCUUCGCAACAUCGGCCCGGAUCAACCUUAUUUCCAACAGGCACGGGUGAAAAUGGCGGACAUCUACCUCACCCACCGCAAGGACCCAAGGCUCUACGCCAGCUGCUACAGGGAGGUGAUAGAAAAAUUCCCGGUUCCACAGUCCUACCUAAUGCUCGGGGAUGCCUACAUGAAGAUACAAGAGCCAGACAAUGCCAUUGGAGCAUAUGAGCAAGCUCUUCGGAAAAAUCCCAGAGACAGCAUGGUGGCGCGCAAAAUUGGACAAGCGCUCAUCAAGACCCACCAGUUCGACCGAGCAAUUACCUACUACAAGGCUGCCAUUAAAGCUGGAGGCCAAGCUUUGAUGAAGUAUGACUUGGCCGAGUUAUUAGCAAAGGUUAAACGCUUGCAAGACGCUGAGGACAUUAUCAAUGCAGCUCUGGAGGGACUUCAGAAAGAUAGUGACCUGACAAGCCUGCAGUGGGAAUCAAAGUUCCAACUGCUGUUGGCUCAAGUUCAACAAACACACAACAAGGAUGACCUGGCUGUAAAGGCCCUGAACAAAGCUUUUGAAACACAGAGCAGAGUCAUGAUCCGAGUCCCCCAAGAACAGCCAGACUCUCUUUAUGAGCAAAAGCAGCUGGCAGUCACAAUCUGCAAAAGCCUGGCAGAGCAUAACGAACUCAAGCGGGACUAUGUUCCAGCUGCCCGUUUUUACAAGCAAGCUUUGAGUUACGAUCAGAACAACUUGGAGAUUUUGCUUGCAUUAGCAAAGUUAGAGAUGACUUCAAACAACUUGGAGUCUGCAAAGCAAUACUGCAAUACAGUACUUCAGCAUGACAAGGAAAACGACAGUGCUACACUGAUGAUGGCAGACUUGAUGUUCAGGAAGACAGACCUAGAGUCUUCGAUGUUCCACUUCCAGCAACUCCUAGAGAGGAAGCCAGACUACUUCCCUGCACUGGCGAGGCUAAUCGAAGCCAUGCGAAGGCUUGGCAAGCUGGAGAAUGCCGAGUCACUGUUGAAGAAAGCCAGUGAGCUGCUGCCUCGAUCUGGGACCAACGGGGGUUACUUCUACUGCAAAGGCCUUCACGAGUGGUACACCGGAAAUCCAGCUGGUGCAAUGAAGAGCUUUAACAAAGCUCGACACGAUCCAGACUGGGGCCUCAUCUCCACUUAUCACAUGAUAGAAAUCUGCAUCAAUCCGGACAACGAGACAAUUGGUGGAGAGACGUUUAACAAUGGUGACAUUGGCACCAGGGAUACUGCCAAGAUUGACUAUCGUGAGGGAGCGAUCCAGACAGCGGAGAGACUUCUGAAUGAACUGCGUCCAAAAAUGUCUGGGGACUCUGAUUUUCGGCUCAUGAGCAACUUUAUACACUUGGCAAAAAAGACAAAGACGGACGCCGAAAUAUCACUCAAUGAGUUCCUGCAGUUCACUUCAGACGAGCGAAAUAGGGACCACGUAGGUGCGAUACUGGGAAUGGCGACCGCACACAUGAUCCUGAAGCAGGUGCCCAGAGCCAGACAUCAGCUGAAGCGAGUCAUGAAGGCUCCUUGGAACUUUGGGGAUGCUGAAUAUCUGGAGAAGUGCUGGACAUUGCUUGCGGAUAUCUACAUCCAGUCGGGCAAAUAUGAUGUCGCUACAGACCUGCUGAAAAAAACCCUCCAGUAUAACAAGUCUUGCACAAAGGCCUAUGAAUACAUGGGCUACAUCAUGGAAAAGGAGCAGAGCUUCAAAGAGGCUGCCCUCUAUUAUGAGAGUGCAUGGAAGCAAGGCAGUCAGAAUAACCCAGCAAUGGGUUACAAGCUUGCCUUCAAUUAUUUAAAAGCAAAACGGUACACAGAUGCAAUUGAUGUCUGCCAUGUGGUGCUGACAAAAUGCCCCAGCUAUCCAAAGAUCAAAAAGGACAUCCUGGAGAAGGCCCGUUCAAACCUCAGAACCUAAUUAUUUUUUCUGCAUGCAUUCGAAGCAGAACACGAGGUGUCACGUAAAGAUAUACUGGUUUAU